CACUUCCUGUCCGGUUGGCGAUUGGCUGAGGUUCUGGAGCCUGAGCCGUGGCGCCGGGAUUGCCCUGAGAAUCGCUGCUCAGGCUGUUUUUGCUGGUUAGGUGGCUCGUUCCUCUUUCGGGUUAUGUCAGCAAUAAAGGCGAUAAACUCCAAGGCUGAAGUGGCGCGGGCCCAAGCGGCCUUGGCCGUCAAUAUAUGUGCCGCUCGAGGGCUGCAGGAUGUUCUGCGGACCAACUUGGGUCCUAAGGGCACCAUGAAAAUGCUUGUUUCUGGUGCAGGUGACAUCAAACUCACCAAAGAUGGCAAUGUGCUGCUACAUGAGAUGAAGGAUGCCACACAACAACAGUGUGCCAUAAUUUUCAGAAAUACAAAGGAUUUUGGCCUGCACCCUAGAAUAAUAGCCGAAGGAUUUGAAGCUGCAAAGAAAAAAGCACUUGAAGUUUUGGAAGAGAUUAAAAUUAAAAAAGAGAUGAAAAGAGAAAUCCUCUUAGAUGUGGCUAGAACAUCUCUACAAACUAAAGUUCAUGCUAAACUGGCUGAUGUGUUAACAGAGGUAUGUGAUUAA